ACAGUGACUGUUGUUUGUUUACCGUGUGUGCUUAUUCAAAUAUUUGUGUUUUGAAAACAAAUCGAUAUGCAGGUGUUGAAGAGUAGAAGUUUGGCAGGUUUAAGUAAAAGUUUAGCGCAAAAUGUCCGAGUAUUUUCCUCAGCCACAGACAAUUUAGAAUCAGCUAAAACCCUAAAGUCAUGGAAGGAUAUUCUUGGACCGCCAAAUCUGCCUAUUAUAGGACAACUUCUGCAGUUUGUUAUGAAAAAUAAAAUGACAGAUGCCGUAAAAAUCUACAACUCGCUGCACAAAGCGUACGGUCCCAUAGUAAAAGUUAAAGGGAAUUUUGGUUCACCUGACAUGGUCGUGAUGUUUGAUGUAAAAGCAAUAGAAUAUGUGCUGCGAUCAGAAAACUCAAUGCCCGUACGCCCAGGGUUCGAGUCACUGGCGUACUACCGUCAUCGGCAUAACAAAGAGUAUGACUCCAAAAGACUGACAGGACUUAUUAUUACUGACCAUGGUGAAAAUUGGAAAGAAUUCAGAUUGAAAGUGAACUCUGUAAUGCUGCAACCGAAGACCAUAAAACUGUAUACUGAUGUUUUAGAAAAAGUGGCCACUGUUAUGGUUGAGAGGAUUAAAUCUAUUCGUGAUGAAAAUAACACGGUACCGAAGAACCUAGACACCGAAAUGACCUUAUGGGCCCUGGAGUCCAUCGGUGUAGUUGCACUAGGUACACGACUGAACUGCUUCGACCCAAACCUGCCAAAAGAUUCACCGGCAAGGGAGCUGAUAAAAAAUAUCUAUGAAGUCUUCCAGAUACCAGGGAAGCUAGAUUUUGGAACAAGUCUUUGGAGAUGGGUCUCGACGCCACCGUUUAAAAGAGCGAUGAGGCUUUAUGAAGAACAUGACAGUUUGACGAAGCAUUUCAUCGACGAAGCUCUGAAAAGUAUAGAGGAAGCAAAAAAUAAUGGCGUAGAGCAUUCUGAAUCGGAAAAACCAAUACUGGAAAAACUAUUGGAGAUCGAUGUUCAAAUAGCACAAGUAAUGGCUUCAGACAUGCUUAUGGCUGGAGUAGACACGGGAGCUCAUACAGCGCUCGCAACCUUAUACUUUUUGGCAACAAACCCUGAAAAACAAAAGAAGCUCAGAGAAGAGGUGAUGAGCAGGCAAACCCGGAGGCCAUACUUGAAGGCUUGUUUAAGGGAAUCAAUGAGAGUGCUCCCCGUGGCGACUGGAAACGCAAGAACAUCGACUAAGGAAUAUAAUCUGCUAGGGUAUAGGAUACCCAAAGGAGUUAUGAUUGGGCUCUCUCAGCAAUACUUGUCAAUAAAGGAAGAGCACUAUCCGAGGCCAGCAGAAGAGUUCAUCCCCGAAAGAUGGUUGGUCGACAAGCACAAUCCCCUUUAUUACGGCAACACACAUCCGUUUGUAACCAGCCCUUUCGGAUUUGGAGUAAGGAUGUGCAUCGGUCGACGUAUUGCCGAGUUGGAAUUAGAAACGUUGAUAUCCAAACUCGUGGAAAACUUUCAAAUAAACUGGAAAGGAGGACCUAUUGAAGUAUCUGGCACUUCUCUUAAUUAUGUCACAGGACCUUUUAAUUUUAUUUUUAACGAUAUUAAGGAUAGUACAUAAUACAGGGUGUAACUAUAAUACGAACAAAAAAAUCAA